AUGCGAAACCCAUUCAGGAUCAAGAAACAACGCCAGACGUGGGAGGGCAGGCCGAGAGGCCUCACACUCGAUGAUCCCGUCUUCAAGGAUUGGGACAAGGAGGACAUUCAGAUCCAGCCCAAGGAGCGAAAGUCAGAUGGAGAUAUUCAAAGAAAACCAAUUAGAAACGACGGCGUAGACGGCACGCGUUACGCAAGCGAUGACUCCGGUCAUUACUACAACCACAACACAACGCUCGGAUACGCAUCUAUUGCUGGGGUUUUGUCUGGCGAUGCAGCGCAAAACACCAUGGACAGCAGCUCGGCAGACUGCGGUUCCGCUGGUUCCGCUGGUGGAGAUGGAUCUGGAGGUCAAUGA